UUCAUGGCCACUCAUAGUACCGAAGGUCUUCAUGAACAAGAGGUAACUUGCAUUGAUCCAAAUCUGAGUCCUCCUGAACGACUUAAAGAAGCCAUGGAUUGUCUUCCAGCAAGUCUAGAGACCACUUUAGAGACUGGUUUCAAGCGCUGGACUAUUCAGGAUUUCUCUAGAGCUUAUAGUUCUGGAGAAACCACUCCUAUUAAGGUAGCGAAGAGAUUUUUAGCUGCUCUUGAGGAGUCCUCUGCUCCUCAGCUCCAAAUGUCUUUCUUCAUUGCUUAUGAUGCUCAUGAAAUUCUAAGGCAAGCCACAGAUUCAUCACUUAGAUAUGAGAAAGGAACUCCAAUUUCAGUACUGGAUGGAGUUCUAGUUGCUGUUAAAGAUGAGAUAGAUUGCAUGCCCUAUCCUACCACUGGAGGCACCAAAUGGCUGCAUAAGGCAAGGCCAUGCACUGAGGAUGCAGCUUGUGUCAAGAAACUAAGGUCUUGCGGUGCUAUAUUUGUUGGUAAGACAAACAUGCACGAACUUGGAGUUGGGCUUAGUGGUAUUAAUCCUCACUAUGGCCCAACAAGAAACCCUUACAACAUUAAUAGAAUUUCUGGAGGUUCCUCAAGUGGCUCAGCAGCUACUGUGUGCGCUGGACUGUGUCCCAUUGCACUUGGUGUUGAUGGUGGGGGUUCUGUCCGCAUCCCUGCCGCUCUUUGUGGAAUUGUUGGUUUCAAGCCAACACGUGGGCGUUUGCCGAACUCAGGGUUUAUUCCUGUGAACUGGACCCUUGGAAUACCAGGAAUUUUUGCAGGAACUGUCCAAGAUGUUCUUAUUGUUUAUGCAGCUAUUGCGAAUGAUAUUGUUAUGUUCCAACCCAAAUCACUGCUGCCUGAAUUCAAUCUUCCGCAACUAAAAUCUUCACACUUGCUGGCAAACAUUAAAUUUGCCAAAUAUAGAAAGUGGUUUAAUGAUUCCUCAGCUGAUAUUAGAAGCUGUUGUGACGAUGCAUUACAAUUGUUAUCCAAGCAUCAUGGAUGGAAGGUUGUGGACGUGACCAUACCGGAGCUGGAAGAAAUGCGCCUUGCCCAUUAUGUAACCAUUGGAUCAGAAUGCGCUACUUCUUUAGCUACUCACCUUGAGAACAUCCAUGGGGAGUUGGGAUGGGACGCUAGAGUUGCUCUUAAAGCAUACGGCUCAUUUAGCAGCAGAGAAUAUCUCAAUGCACAGAGAAUAAGGAAUCGUCAGAUGCAAUUCCACAAGGAAAUUUUUAAAAGCGCAGAUGUGAUUGCCACACCUACAACAGGUGUGACUGCUCGUCCACUUCAAAGAGACGCUUUCAGCACUGGGGAACUCGACUACAAAAAUGGAGAUGCGCUUACGAGAUUCUCAAUAGCUGGAAAUUUUUUAGGGUUGCCGGCGAUUACUAUCUUGGCUGGAUAUGACACUUCAGGCAUGCCAAUAGGCUUGCAAUUUAUUGGGAAGCCUUGGUCUGAAGCUACUUUGCUCCACCUUGCUAAUGCGGUGCAGGCUUUGUUAAUUCACAGCUACCGAAAGCCAGAGGUGUUUUAUGAUCUGCUGAAAACUGAAUAGAUAAAAAGUUGAGUAAUAGUCCCUUUAUUAUUUAUUUGGCGCUAUUUUACUCCCAAGUUAUAUGAAGAAUCUUCAUAUUCAUGAGGACUAUUUAACCCACAUUGAUAAAAUCUUGGAAUUAAAUUGACAUUUUUAUAAAUAUGUUGGGACUAAAA